AUGGAAGACGCUCUUUCUCUCCAGCCCGACCACUCCGACUCGGAUGACCUCUUCGAUCCGUCUCGAGCUGCUUCAACCUCUCCUCCCCAGGCCACAAAACAAGCCUCCGGCUCCAAACGCCUCCGCUCCGUGAUCUUCAACCCUCAAACCCAGCUCCACUCCUCGCCGUCAGCAGCACCUCGUCCAACCACGGUCCAUCCACCGACGUCACAUUCACCCCGCGGCCGAGGGACAAGCCGCGGGCCCAGCCGUCGACUUCGUUCUCCCGGUCCCAGACGACAUUCCCAAUACCAGAAUACCAACCCGGCUUCRUCUCCGCGACCCUCUCCAGGCGUCCUAACUCGCCAGCUCCUCAAAGGCUGGACUGUCGCCCGCCUCCACCGCUCAUUAAAAGAAAAAGGAAUCCCCUUCAGUCGCUCCGACAACAAAUUGAGGCUCUUUCAAUUGCUCUCCUCCUCAGGUCUGCAGCAAACCAUCCUCUUCCUCCCUCGUCACCUCAGACGUCAUCUGACCCAUGCCUUCGAAGUCCUCGCACCCGGCAACAGCUCCCCCUCGCGGGAGCCAGGUCGUAUUACAUCCUCCACCAAACGCGCCCUGCCUAGCCGACCUCUCUCAGAUGCUAUCUUCGGCUAUCGCUUCGCUCUCUUCACAGACUCCUCAAAUCCCGCCAUCUCAUUCUUCUCUCCACCCCCCCUUCUCCUCCUCAGCUCUCCCCACCUCCAUAAAUGCCACGACCUCCGGUUCUUCUCAAGCCAUGRUCCCGACACAGUCGACUCUCUCCUCRCMGAAGAAGUUCAAAAAGGGUUCGUUAUAGGCCCCUUUUCUAGGUCCCCUUUCCCUACUUUCCGCGUCAGCCCCAUUGGCAUCGCCACUCGCAAAUAUUCAGAUUCGGUCAGCAGGUGCGGCGCCUGGCUCUCCAAAGCCGACAUCACCAGCGCUUUCAAAGUUCUACCUAUUCACCCCGACUUCUGGCGCUUCUUUGGCGUAGUUUGGAAAGGCGCAUUUUACUUCACCGUCCGCCUCACGUUCCGGUGCCGUAGCAGCCCCAAAAUUUUCAAUUCCCUGUCCGAAGCCCUCUGCUGGAUCCUUAUCAAUACCUAUAAACUCCCCUAUGUCAUACAUCUUCUGGACGACUUCCUGGUCGUCACUCCUCCAUCUUCCCCUCCUUGUUCCGGUCUUAACGCCCUAACUCAAGCCUUUUCCCAGCUGGGAAUUCCCCUCUCAGAGGAGAAAACCGUCGGUCCGAGCACCUCUUUAGAGUUCCUAGGCAUCACUCUGGACUCUUUAUCUUUCCAAGCUUCCCCAUCACCCGAAAAGAUUAACCGAAUCACCUUAAUCCUGUCUAAUUUCUUACUCGCUGACAAAUGUUCUAAACAGCUGCUCUCUCUCCUCGGCCAUCUAAACUACGCUAUUCGCAUCAUUCCGCAGGGAAAAUCCUUCAUCUCUCACCUCCUGUCUAAAGCGGCCAGCAUUCCCUUCCUUCACGGUUCUCUCGCCAUCGAUCACUCCUGCAAAUUAGAAAUGUGUCUGUGGCACUACUUUCUUUCAUCCUGGAACGGAAUUUCUUUCUUCUACAACGAUUUCCUCACCUACCCUGAAGACAUCCAACUCUUUACCGACGCAGCUCCCUCAAUCGGUUUCGGCGGUUAUUACAAAGGAAAAUGGUUCGCCGACACAUGGCCGCUCGAGUUUAAGUCUCUUCAGAACGCCUCGGGCUCUCCUUCUUCCGCUCUAUUCGAACUUUACCCCAUUGUCAUCGCUGCGAUCCUUUGGGGUCACGAAUGGUCUAAAAAAAUCCAUCCUCAUCCAUUCAGACAGAACGGCAGUAGUAGAAAUCAUAAAUAGAGGCCGCUCUCGCUCCCCCGAAAUCAUGCAAUUCAUGCGCAGACUUA